AUAAAAGGGAUAGGAGAGUUAGAACUUUAUGGUUAUAGGGAAUAGAGUGUGGAAAGUGAAAUGGGAAAAUCAUGGGCUAUGUUAAUGGCCAUGCUAUUGGUCCUAGCUUUGUUAAAUAUCUUUGAAGUGAAAAUGGCAAGUGCGAAAUUGAGUGAAGCAGCUUGUAAAGAAGAGAGAAGAAUUGGUAUAAAUGCUUGUAAACCUGUUUUGUAUGGAAAACUUCCUUCUCCUAAGUGUUGCGAACGUGUUAGAGUUACUCAUAUUGAAUGUGUUUGUUCUAUUAUUACUCCCAAAUUGGCUGCUCUUAUUGAUAUCAACCGUGUUAUUCGUCUUGUGGAAGGUUGUGGUCGAAGAGUCCCUCGAAAAUUCAAGUGUGGAAGUAUUACCACACCACCCUAAGGAAUAUAGUCAGCUUAAUUGGCUUGCUGCUUGGUGUUUCUUCUCCUACUUCACUUAAUCAGUUUUAAGUGAUUAAUACUAAUGUAGUAAUAUAUGGUUCUUCAGUUGGAAAUAAAUCAAGGAGGAGAAUAGAAUAUGAGUUUAAAUUAUCGAUGUAUCGACGUAUUUCACCUAUUAUAUAAGAUUGCUUUCCAUAUUUCUUAA